AUAGUUGGGUAUCGAAUACGAAAGCUGGAGUUGGGUGUUGAAUAAGAAACCUCCAGAACCUGAAUUUAUAAAUAAACCCAAAAUCCCAGAAAGAUUGAGUGAAGAGUACUUAGAAUAGCCAUGUCGGCGUUGGCGAGGUUUUUGCAGAGGCGAUUCAUUUCAACCCAAUCAUUCCAUCAUGAUCGCCACCCCAUCUUUCAAGCAUCCUCUGGGCAUUCUUCUAUCAAUGCAAUAUUAAACGGACGUGGAAUUCUCAAAAGGGGGGUCUCGACACAGACAAAUCUAAAUCAAAAUAUCUGUGAAGAUGUAAAAAUCAGUGAAGCUGACACCUUGAAGUCUGGUGUGAAUAACGUCCCUACAUCCAUGAGCAUUACCGAGGACUCUGCCAUCAAGGGUUCUGCUGGUUUUAGUGUGAAAGUAUCCUCAAGACAUGAUCUUGCUAUGGUUUUCACCUGCAAGGUCUGUGAAACAAGGUCGGUAAAGACGUUUUGUCGCGAAUCUUAUGAGAAAGGAGUUGUAAUAGCAAGGUGCGGGGGAUGUAAUAAUCUUCACUUGAUUGCAGAUCACCGUGGAUGGUUUGGUGAAAAAGGAACUGUUGAGGACUUCCUGGCUGCUCAUGGAGAAAAAGUUAAAAGAGGGUCAAUUGAUACACUGAAUGCGACAUUUGAAGAUAUAACUGGAAAACAAUCUUCGAAGGGUACAAUUUCACCAAAUAUAUAAGUUGCAUUAGGGUAGCACUGAGAUAUUGGAAGGGUAAGGGGAUGUAAUAAUUUUUGCUAUUUGUUUUUGAGGAAACAAUUGUUGGUGUUUGUAAACUCGUAUUUUUAUUACUGUCUCUUGAUUAUUCCGAUAUUAAAAAGUGUCAUUCAGUGUGAUGUUAUCUUA